CAAUACUUAGUGACUACUCCAAAAAUGCCAGUCACCACCAGCUCCCAAAGCUUCACCAGCUUCGCUAAUGGCUGGCUUAUCCGUCACAGGCAUUUCGUCGAACAGCUUGCGUGCGCUUCUUCCUCCGACGAAACUAACCGCAUCACUCUCCAAGACCAACAAUUUCUCGUGACCCAGUUCCUCUCUCACUGUCUCCAAUACUACCAAGCCAAAUCCUCCGCCGUCUCCGUCGCCGGAGACAACGUUUUCACUUUCUUCUCCCCGCCGUGGUUCACCUCAUACGCAAGACUCAUCCUCUGGGUCGGAGACUUCAAGCCUUCGCUGGUGUUCAAACUCACUGACUCCUCCGUCGACGACCUCACUCGCCGCCAGAAAGAUCGGAUCUUGAGCCUCCGGGCGGAGACGAGGAGGAAAGAGAGAGACGUGAUGAGAGACUUCGCGCUGGUGCAGCAGAGCGUGGCGGAUCCGCCGGUGAUGGCGGCGGCGAGAGGAGUGGGGGCGAGGGGGAUGGUGGACGGAGAAGAGUCUGAUUUGGAAGAGGCGAUGGAGCUUAAGAACGGGAUGGCGGCGGCGAUGAAUGAGGCGGAUGAGCUGAGGUGUGCGACGGUGGGGAGAGUUGUGGAGAUUCUUACGCCGUCGCAGGCGGUUAAGGUGUUGAGGACGAUCGGAGAGCUUCAUCUUCGCUUGAGGGAGUUAGUGGGUUUGGAGAGUGAGUGAACAAUGAUGAGAAUGAACUUGCUCUGCUUCUUGAACAUCAACCAUGGAUGAUUUGAUCUUAAUAGAUUUUUAAAAGCUUGGCCAUUUGGUUGUAGUGAUUAAAGUGAUGUCAUGUUAUGUUUUUCCAACAUCCUAUGUAGCUUAUGAUGUGGUGGCCAUGUCAUUUAUAAUAAGUUACUUAAAUGCUGACAUGUUAGUUUG